AAUAUUUUUCCCCGGGAUAUCUCAAAUAGGAAAGUGUUUGUAAGGAACGAAAAUAAAAACGAAAACAAAACAUUUUCGAAAGAUGUUGAAGAUAGAGCCUCCUUCCUUGUGAGAAAUAUCUCUCAGUCUCAUGCGAAGUGUCGUGGACACAGGUUUGUUAAUUUUCCUGCCUCAUGAGAGUGAGAGUGCCAUCUUUCUGGGUCAGUGUGUAAAUUAAUUAUAAACUCAAAAAUAUCCCAAGAGUGCUCCCAAGACAGAGUUAUGUGGAAAAAGUGAGAAGACUUAGCCGAAAAAAUGAAGUUUUUCCUGAUAAUUUUCGCCAUAUUUUUCACCACGACAUUGACCAAUGGAAAGAGGUUGAUUCCAAUAGGCGGAAUUUUCAACACAAACGAUGUAGACGCAAUAAUCGCUUUCCAUUCGUCCAUCAGUCGAGUAAAUAUGCACGAGAGGAGGUUUGAACUCAAACCAAUUAUCAAGAAUGUGACAGAAUGGGAUAGUUUUGUCACUGAGAAAAUAGUGUGUGAAUUAAUUGGAGAUGGAGUUGCUGCAAUUUUCGGACCAAGCUCCAUUCAAGCAGCAGGAAUCGCAAGUGCCAUUUGUCACACAAUAGAGGUGCCCCAUAUAAUAACUCAUUGGUCGCCUGAACCACUUGGUGGAUAUCGCACUGCUGGCUCCAUGACAAUCAACGUCUAUCCGGACAGCAAUGUAUUAUCACGAGCAUUAGCUGACCUCCUUGUGGAUUACAGUUGGAAAAGUUUUACCAUUAUCUAUGAGACGGAUGAAGGUCUCAUGCGUCUGAAGGAUGUCUUGCAGAUCCAUGGACCUGAUGACAAUCCCAUAACAGUCCGUCAGUUGGGUGAUGAUCCAGACUACCGGCCCCUCCUGAAAGAGAUCCAAACGUCCGGAGAGAGCAAUAUUGUUCUGGAUUGCGAUCCUGAUAAGAUCCUGGACAUUCUGCGGCAGGCGCGAGAAGUGAAGCUGAUGGAGGACUACCAAAGCUACGUCAUAACAUCACUCAACACUCACACAAUUGACUUUGAGGAGCUGAAAUUUGUGAGAUCAAAUAUCACAAGUCUGCGUCUCAUUGAUCCAAAGAGCUACGAACUGAGGAAUGCUGUUCAUGACUGGGAAGAGGGUGAGAAGAGAUUCAAUAGAAUCUACCGCAUUUCCCCGGAACAUGUCAAGACUGAAGCUGCUGUGGUCCAUGAUGCUGUGCGCGUUUUUGCUGCUGCUCUCCAAGAAUUGGACAGCACCGAUGAGAUUUCUCCCAUUCCCAUGAACUGCAAGCAACCAACCCAGUGGCCACAUGGACUCAGAAUUGUCAACUACAUGAAGCUGAAAACUGAGCACGGAAUCACUGGACCAAUUGUAUUUGAUGAUUUAGGACAUCGGACCCACUUUGACCUGGAAAUCAUUGAAUCAUCCAAGGAUGGCUUCAAGAGAAUUGCUACUUGGGAUCCUACACACGGAAUUAACUAUACAAGAACUCAGGGUGAAGUCUUUUCGCAGAUUGUUGAAUCUCUGCAGAAUAAAACCUUCAUUGUGACAUCACGUCUUGGUCCUCCAUUUCUUUCGAUGAGGGAAGCCAAGGAGGGGGAAUACCUUGAGGGAAAUGCUCGGUUUAUGGGAUACUCAAUGGAUUUACUGGAUGGUAUAUGUAAGAUUCUGGGCUCAAGCUAUCGUAUCGAAUUAGUUCCGGAUGGCAGGUAUGGCUCGUACAAUAAAGUGACAAAAAAGUGGGAUGGUCUUGUGAAGCAACUUCUCGAACGGAAAGCUGACUUGGCAAUUUGUGACUUGACAAUCACCUACGAGAGACGAACGGCUGUGGACUUUACGAUGCCCUUCAUGACCCUUGGUAUCAGUAUUUUGUAUGCCAAGCCAGUAAAGCAGCCUCCGGAUUUAUUCUCAUUCCUCAGUCCAUUGUCAUUGGAUGUGUGGAUAUAUAUGGCAUCGGCCUAUCUUGGUGUAUCUGUGCUGUUGUUUGUCCUGGCCAGAAUGGCACCGGACGACUGGGAGAAUCCUCAUCCCUGCAACACGGAACCUGAAGAAGUUGAAAAUAUCUGGGACAUGCUAAAUUGUACCUGGUUAACUAUGGGCUCCAUUAUGGGUCAAGGAUCGGACAUUCUGCCAAAGGCAAUUUCCACGCGACUUGUGGCUGGAAUGUGGUGGUUUUUUGCAUUAAUUAUGCUAUCAUCGUACACAGCCAAUCUAGCAGCUUUUCUCACCAUGGAAAGAAUGGAUGCCACCAUUGAGAGUGCAGAGGAUUUGGCCAAGCAGAGCAAAAUUAAGUAUGGAGCCGUGAUCGGAGGCAGUACAUUGUCGUUCUUCAAGGAGUCUAAUUUCUCGACGUAUCAGAGAAUGUGGGCAGCAAUGGAGAGCGCACGUCCGUCUGUGUUUGCAAAGAAUAAUGAAGAAGGCAUGGAACGUGUGAAAAAGGGUAAACGUCUCUACGCUUUCCUUAUGGAAUCCACAACACUUGAGUACAUUACUGAGAGAAAUUGCGAGCUCACUCAAGUUGGAGGACUUUUGGACAGCAAAGGAUAUGGAAUUGCAAUGCCAGUCAAUUCGCCCUACAGGACGGCAAUUAGUGGUGCUGUGUUAAAAAUGCAAGAAGAGGGUAAACUCCAUCAGCUGAAGACAAAAUGGUGGAAAGAUGGACGCUGCAAAUCGGAAACGACAAGUUCAUCUGAUAGCGCCGCUGAACUGGGAAUCGAUAAUGUGGGUGGUGUUUUUGUUGUCCUGGGCUCUGGAUGCUUCGUGGCUCUUAUCAUUGGUGUCCUCGAGUUCCUCUGGAAUGUGAGGAAAGUCGCUGUGGAUGAGAGGAUAACACCAUGGGAAGCCUUUAAGGCCGAACUGAAAUUUGCAUUGAACAUUUGGAUCACCACGAAACCCGUGAGAGUCCAUGGAAGUGGCGGUUCAACAGGUUCAAAGGGUUCAUCGUCAAAAUCGAGAGCUGAAUCUGAAUCGAGGAGUACAACAAUGGCAAAUGCCCUAAAUGUGGGAACAACAUCCAGCACAGCUCAUCUAGACAAAAUCGGCACGUCCUUCGGUCACAAGUAAUCAAUAUCCCACCCCUUAUCACCAGUUUCUGUUACCCCAACAAAAAAAACAACAGUUCCAUGAAUAAAAUAGAAUUAACCGAGG